UUUCAUACGUCCCUGUGCUAACGUCAGUCAGCGCCGAUCGAGGUUUGUGUGCGCCUGUGUGGUGUGUGGGAAGGUUGUGAAUCCAAAGCAAUAACCUACGAUGAGUACUGGGAAUUUAUUUUACUGUUUAUUAAUUAUUUCUACGUUUAUUAUUUCCGGUUGUGUCUCAGAUCACGUACAAAUUACGAUAGAAACAGAAUUCCAGGAUGAAGUUGACCUGAAUGAACCUCCUCCACCUCUUGAACAUGUGGAUGCAGCCCCCGAUAACAUCAUCUCAGAAAAUGUGACCAUAUCUGCAGCAAAUGAUGAACCAACAGUUACAUUCUCCUAUGAAUCGACGAACGUGACAAUAAAACAACAAGUAAAUUGCCUGUUGGAAAUGGGCUCAUCACAAGUGCAGAUAGUCAAUGACACUGAACUCAUUAAGUUACUGCUACCCAACCCAAACAUAACCAGCAGAGAUACACCAGGCAAUUGUCUUUGUGUUUUGUUCUUCUCAAAGCAUUGCCCAUUUUCAAGCCUGGCAGCGCCUCAUUUCAACGCGCUGCCUCGAGCAUUCCCGGACCUGCAAAUGGUUGCAAUCAAUGCAAUCAUGUAUCACUUAUUCAACACACAAAACGGAAUUGUUGGGGUGCCAUCACUGCUGCUGCUGCAUAAUGGCAAGAUCAUCGACAAGUUUAAUGAAAGCGACUAUACCCUGGAGCAAUUCUCGCGGUUCAUCACUAAGAAUACAGGCAUUCCGGCAGCGGAGAAGUCAUUUGUCACGUCUGCGGACUUUUCCGGCCCGGUGGCGAGUGCGCCCAGCAAUGAGACAGACAUCCUUCUAGUUUCCUCGUGGUGCUUUAUUGUAUUCUGCGCGGUUUAUUAUUUCAGCCGAUCGAAGUGGUGGCGAUGGAUCGUGGAGUCGGUGAAACACAAUUGGCGCGAGAGCGAAGCACAGGCGCAGCACGAGCACGCCGAUUAGGUUGUACAUAUGUAUAUUUUGAUCUUUAUUUUAAAUUCUAAAUUUAUAUAUUGAUGAUAUGAUUGAUAUAUAAUUGAUAAUAAAUUAACUGUGAUGCGAGCGAA